AUGCCAGCUAUGAUGGGAUCUUGCGCCCUCCCCUGGAACCAAGGGGAGAUAGCCCUCCAGCGCAUACUUCAUGUGCCACCCACAGAGAACCCCACUAGUACAUUCCUCUCUCAAUACGGACAAUCCAUGGUAUCCCGCGCCCCGUUGAUAGGUCUUGGAGCAUUAGAUGCUAACAGUAGACCAUGGUCAACAGUAUGGGGUGGAGAGACUGGGUUUUCGUCUGUGAUUGAUAGCGAUAUUGUGGGUAUGAGAGCUCUGGUUGAUAGAGUUCAUGAUCCAGUCGUCCAGAGUCUAUUCGGGCAUUCAGAGGAAACUGGCUCUAUUAGAGUAGAUGGUCAAGGUAAGAUGAUAUCUGGAGUUACUAUUGAUCUGGAAAAUAGGAAAAGGGUCAAGUUAUAUGGAAAAGUCAUUAUGGGCACGUUGGAGGAUCCAGAAGGAGAAGAUGAAGGAGGGCGAGGGCUUGUAGGAAAACGUGGCCAUGCUCAAUUAGUUGUCAAAAUUGAGGAAAGUCUAGGAAACUGUCCCAAAUAUCUCCACAAGAAGCACAUAAUCCCUGCUUUACCUCAACCAAAACUCAUCUCGACCUCCCCUAAGCUCCCCCCUCAAGCAAUAGAACUCAUCAACAAGGCAGAUUGCUUCUUCAUAUCCACCUACCACCAGAACACAGACAUGGACACAAACUACCGCGGUGGACCCUCAGGCUUUGUUCGAAUAAUCUCAAACCAACCCGAAGGAGCCGUGCUCGUAUAUCCAGAGUACUCUGGCAACCGUCUCUACCAGUCACUAGGAAAUUUGAUGAUGAACCAUCAAGCGGGUCUUGUGAUCCCGGAUUUUGAGACUGGUGAUGCGGUUUAUAUGACUGUUACGACGGAGAUUCUUAUCGAUGACGAAGCUGAUGAAGUUUUAGAAAGAUCUAGCCUUGCAGUGAAGAUGACUGUUGUAGAAGCGCGGUAUGUCGAGAAUGCAUUAGGAUUUCGAGGGAUACCAGUUGAUAAGUCGCCAUAUACACCUCCCGUUCGAUAUUUGAGGUCAGAAAAGGAGCAGACGCUCUCGACCACGACGGCAAAUGAGGGACAGACUUCAGUUCAUCUAAUAUCGAGGAAGAUACUGAGCCCUUCUAUCGCUAGAUUCAGGUUCAAGCUUUCCAACACCGGUGGGACUAUACCUGCAUAUAAACCAGGCCAAUACGCAGUCUUCUCUUUCAAAGACGAACUCGAUAUCGGUUACAGUCAUAUGCGUGAUGAUGACCCCCUGAGUCUCAACGAUGACUACAUCAGAACAUUUACGGUAUCCUCUUUUCCAGGAGCAAAAACCCUGCCAGAAGAUGAGUUUGAGAUCACAGUGCGAAAGAAUCGUAGCGUGACUUCUCAUCUUUUUCGGUGGAAUCCUCGCACACAACUCAAGGUUCCAAUGUUAGGAUUUGGGGGAAGUUUCAAGAUUGACACAUCAAGUAUAGGGAAGGACGAGUUUGUUCCUUUUAUAGCUGGAGGGAUAGGUAUAACCCCUUUAGUGGGGCAGUUACCUGGUGUCGAUAUAUCGCGUCUGCGGCUGUUGUGGUCCAUAUCAGCGAAUGAUAUCGGCGUUGUCAAGGAUGUAUUCCGACAGUUCCCUGAAUUGCCAGAAUCAUCGACGUUGUUCAUUACUCAGGUAGACAAGGUGAAAGAUGAGGAUUUCCUCAGGAGCUUGGAAGAUAUUGAAGCUGCUGGAGCAACGAUUGAAUGUCGUCGGAUGAGUGCGACAGAUCUGAAGGAUAUUCCAGCGGGUACGUUUUACCUGUGCUCAGGUCAUGCUUUGAAAACAUUAGUGUUGGACUGGUUGAAGGGCAAGAAUGUCAUUUUUGAAGAUUUUACAUACUAAGUAUUGAAUUAGAUUUAGGUGUGAAUAAGUUGUCUGCUCGCGCUGCGCAGAGA